CCUGUGGACGUGGUAGUGGUGGAUGUAAGGCCUGUUUUUCUUCGAGGACAUGAUGGGGUGCUGCAAUGUCGGUUUAAAGGCGAACCAUUAGCUGUCUUCUGGCUAAAGGGACCCGAUCUGGCGUCAGGAACAAAUCUAGUCACUUGGUACCCACCUCCACGAGGGGUCACCGUCCCAGCGUAUGCGACUGGAAAGUAUGACCUAACAGAAGACUUUUCCUUGGUGGUCCAUGACGUCGAGGAUGAUGACGCUGGACGGUACAUAUGCAGACUCACCGACUUCAGGGGUUACAUUCUCAGGAACUACACGCAGGCAACGGUUAAAGUUCCACCCCUGGAACCCUUCCCAGCAAUUGACCAAUGCCCAUCAGGAUCACCCGGAAGCGGAGAAAACCCGUGUACAUUGACAACCGAGAUAGGCGACACGACUGAUCUGACAUGUCGUGCUCGCGGUGCGCCAAGAGACGUGAUCUCGCUAUCCUGGACCCUCAGAGGCAGAAAUAUCUCCAACCAAGAACCGCAAAGAUCUGCCAACCCUGACGACGAGACAGAAGAUCUGACGGUUACAAUUGCCGCAAUGCCAAGCGCUGCUCCGUACGUCUGUACUGCCAUUCUGCCGAUGACUACCCGGGGAAAUGCGACUAUCAGCGUCAUAGUGAAAUCAGCACCAAUCAUAACAACCACCGAAUUUGUAGUAACUACAAAUGCAACAGAUUUGUUCACUGGAGAUCCCGGUAGUAGAUCUUUAGGGAAAGGUGUCAUCGCUAUUAUCGUCAUCACCUUACUCAUCACCAUACUCACCAUCUCCAUAAUCAUCUUCUUCAUUUGGAGGAGAAGAAUAAAGAAGAGUUAUGAACUGUUGAUUGGAGAUGAGAAAUUCAUUAAAGGCCCUGUUUCGUAUUUGGAGCUUUGGGAGCUUGUCGGAAAAUGUGACCUCCUCGUCACGGAGAAGAUUGUAAACAGUUUGAUGGGUAAACCUGACACAGACUCGGGAUUCGAUGUCGUACGCUCCCAAGUUGAUUUAUACCAUGAACUCUGCAGAUGGAAAGAGACAACAACAGGAGAUUACAGUAUUCUCUUCAGAGCCAUAGAAGAAGUUGGGCCGAACGUUGAAUUAAUCAUACAGGAUGUCCAUGAUCGUACGUCCAAUGAAAUCUCUCUUGUUGAUCUCGAACACAUUUGCUGGCACGUCCGCGGUUGCAGGGAGACAGUCAAGCCCAUACUGCGAGCAUUGUACCCUCGCCAUGAAGGAAUCCCAAACUGCGAAGAGGAUUCCUGUGAUCCUGGUAAACCAAGAAACGCCGAAAUCAAGAAGGACCUGCAGUUAAUGAAGGCAUGGAAGGAAUAUUCAAUGACAACGAAACCUGGAUACCAGGAACCCAAGGAGGAUCACAAAAAAGGUGAAAGUGUACAGAUGAGACAACCAACUUCCAGAUGGAUUUUCUGCUGUCAUAAACAACCUAAAUAUCGGCAUGGUGAUGAAAAGAAUGAGCAACAUCCAAUGUUCCCUGCACAACCUGAGGUGGUAGAACUGGGAGUAGAAAGAUCAUCACCAAACCAAAUGAUUCAACUUUGCCUAGCGUUAGAAAGAACAGGAAAGGACGCACAUGGACCUGAUAAGGAAGUCUAUAUUCUUCUGGCCAAAACUUUCUUCCAAAUUAAAGAUGAGUACAAGAGGGAAUUGGACAAUGAGGUCAUCAAGGAGCUUGCUCUGAGUAUCACCAAACAACACUACCAGAAUUUGGCAAAAGCCACGAGAAUUUCAGCAGACUCCAUUGCCAAAAGAAAUGCUGAAGACCUCAAAGCGGUGUUCGAAACAGGCGUUAUGCUUGAAGGAUGGGUACAGGAGCAAAAAGGUAGUAAUUACGAAGUCAGGUGUAGACUGAGGCAAGCAGCAGGACGAUGUAGUCGUCAAGACAUUGCAGAUAUUUUCAUAACCAAAGAACAGAGCGAAUUAAUGGCACCAAUUACAACACACCAAGCUUCCGUGACAAUUACAAAUGAGCAACGCAAGGGUGAUAGUGAAACAAAACGUGAGAAAUCUGGAAAUGACACUCCUCAGGCUCAGCAAUCUGCAAACUACGAAAACCUAGCAAGAGGGACGAAGGGGAUGCCACGACAAGAACCAAGUAUGCCUGAAACAACAUCAGCAGAGAAAUCUGUUACAGAUAUUUCCAUAGAUGAACUCAAGCGUAUCUGUCGUUAUGGGGGACGAGAAGUUCUUUUAGCAUAUUUGCCUGAGAAAUUCAGUGAUGAAAGAUGUGAAGAACUAAAAGGAGUGAAAUUUUCCGACCACGAAAUCAGCUGUAUACUGAAACCAUUUAUAAUAAAGAUAGAUGGAACCCCCUUACGGUUUAUAAAGCAGCUUGUACAGGAUAAACAAACCCCAAGAAAUAUUCUACGACAGUAUCUGCAAGAGGAAGCACCAGACUAUGCCUGUCUUCUUGCAAAAGGGAGAGAAGACAAAAUUUUCGAUGUAGAACUCGUUGAAUUAGCUCAUCGCCUCGUCCUAUCAGACGUUUAUCCCUUUGCCAAAGCACUCGACAUCAGUGACGAAGAGCUAACUGGCUACAAACGUGAACUUGGACCUAAAAUUGUACAACAAGGUACAGGAAAGUUGCUACUCGAGAUGAAACAUGCAGACGGACCCGUAACUGGCAUUGAAGAGAGACUGAAAGUGGUGAAUGAUUUGAAAGUAGCGGGAUAUCGAGAAGAGGCAAAGGCGAUAGUGUUUGGAUUUCAAAUCAGCCUAGCAGAUGAAGCAGAGAUAGAGAAGACGCGAGUGGAUCCAGCGAAAUUAGCAAAGGAACUCGGUGUUUCUGAUGAUGCCAAGCCAAUGGGUCCUGAUGAAAGAGAAGAGAGCUGUCAAUGUGUACUUCAAAGAUGGGCAAACAUUGUCCGUCCUUCAUCAUUCAACCAUCGUAUGGUUUUGGCUGAUGCUCUGCACAAUCUCGGCGAGAAGGAGCUUGCACUCGGUAUUAUCUCAGGAAAGUUUCGGAACAACGUCAUAAACAGUAGAGUAUCAAAAAUGCUAGCUCAAACCAUUCCAGAGGGAAUAGUGGAUAAACUGACUAGAGUCCUUGGCAAAACGUUGAAAAAAGAUCUAACCCCUUAUGAUGUUAUAAACGCCUGGGUGACUGAAAAUAAGUUUUUCGGGUUUCUUCGAAGUCCAAGUCCAAUAACAUUGAGCAACGAACUUCUCAAAGCAGGAUUCUAUCCAUUUGCUCAUGAGAUAAUGACAGGUGGAUGGAAAGGAAAGGAAGCGAACACAGAAGAACAAAUUCCAGAGGAGGCCGGAGAUAAGAAUAAUGACGAUAUUUUGAGUAGCGAUGUUAACCCUAAGCAGGAAGAUCAAGAUGGAUUGAAAGAAGAGGAGACUGCCAAAGUAGGAAGUCAAGGAGAGGAUGUUGUAAGCAAGAAGAAUGAUGAUAACAUGACUCAUGAUCUUAAAUCUACGAAGGAAGGCCCAGGAGAAAGUAAGACGAACGAGGGUGCAAAUAAUUCAGAGGAGGUAGGAACCACAUCACCAAACGCCGAGGGUGCCAACGUGACUGAUGAAAAAGAUACAAACAGCAGGAAAGAAGAUCAGGAAACAAGCUCCAAAGAUGAUAAACCAAAUGGACAGGAUGAAGAAAGCAUUGUCGACGAUUGGUAUCUCGUUUCCAUUGAAGGUGACGAACAAAAAGAUACAAAGGAUAAAGGGAUAAAGGAGAAUUCGCAACCAUCUGUCUCGUAUUCGGAAACGCUAGACCCAUUCGGAAACCCAGAUGAUGAUUUGAUUGCCUCUAAGGCCAGAGCUAUGGUUCACUUUUAACUAAUAAAGUUGACCGAAGAUGUUGGACAUGUUGGAUGACCAGGUUAAUGUUCCGAAACUGGAAGGGCAUUGCCCUUUUAGCACUGCGAC